GUUUCUUGUGCAUCCCAACCUCCCAACUCUUUCAUUCCGCCGGCCACAAAGGAGCAGCUGGCUGUCCCGUUCCUCUCCCCUGACCCUGUUUGCGUUCGUUCAUCGUUUCAGCAUUGUCUCUGUGCGGCCUGUGCGUUGAUCGUGCCUCCGUCCAUCCCUAUUGUCAUUUGAUGCGUACACACCGUGUCUAUAUAUACGUCUCUUCAUCUCCCCCGCCCCUUCCUCUUACCUGUUCUCUUUACUAACUAUAGCUAUAGGGUUGAUCCCGCAAAUACCUAUUAUAUACCCUCCAUACCCUGCCCACCUCAGUCGCUCUUUACAAUAGUAGCCGUCCCUAAGUCUCAACCCUCAAAGCCCCAAACACCUUACGUCUCUCCUCACUCUCUGUGACCUCUAUCUUCGGUCCCAAUCUCGUCACCUCGCGAUUCGCCACCAUGGUCUCCUCCACCUUCGUCAAGCUGAGCUUGUCACUUCUCUUCCUGACCACUUCGGUCUCGGCUCAUAUUGCUCUCUGGCAUAACUCCUCCUAUGGAUAUGACGCGAACGAUCCUAAUCAGAGCGAUCUCGUUCAGCCCCUCAUGGACCUAUCUUUCGAUGAUUGGUGGUUCCAUGGUAAGAUCAACAGCCCUCCUGCGGAUGGUGUAUUCAUGGAUCUCCCUGCGGGCGGUACCUUUCACGGCGAAGUGGCCUGCAACAAAGCUUUGACGUCCUUUGGUGAAGUACCCUCCAAGCAGACUGGCGAGUGGGCUUGCGAAGGAGAUGGCUCUACAGGUGGUAUUGGUGCCAUGCACACCGCCGAUGAGUGGGAAAGCAGCGACCCCCAAGAUGUCAAGGGUUGUGGUAUUGCUAUCGCAUACAAGAGCAAUGUCUACGAUAUUCAACCCAAGGAUUUCACUGUCAUCACCGUCAAUUACACCUGUCCAUGGAAAAAGCACGUCGAUUUCCAGAUUCCAUCGGAUCUUCCUGCUUGCCCGGAAGGCGGCUGUCACUGUAUGUGGGGCUGGGUACAUGCUGCAGAUUCUGGUAGUGAGCAAAACUACUUUGUUGGGUACCGAUGCAAUGUCACGGGCGCUACUGGUACCACUGCACUCCCUCAACCCAACACUGCCAACAAGUGCGACUACCCCACAGAUACCUCCAACUGUACGGUUGGUGCCAAGCAGCCUCACUACUGGUUUCAAAAGGAGAGGAACAACAAUUAUCAAGGCACCUAUGACCCUCCAUUCUAUAAUGGGGCGUAUGGCUUCAUGAAUGGUGCCCAGACAGACUUGUUCGCCGCUGUCGGUAAUACCUCCACGACUUCCAGUAACUUGACGACUUCUGCAGGAUCAACAACCAUUCUCGCUUCAGAGGUCUCUUCUGCAGGCGUCUCAUCUUCAGCCGUCUCAACUUCAGCUGUCUCCUCGACAGCGGCAUCUUCCUCGGCGUCUUCGGUCUCCAACUCUUCGACCUCAUCCGUCGCGUCCCCCAUCACCCUUACCCGCACGAUCACAACGCACCACUACACUGCCACUGCCAUGUCAACUGCCUCGACCUUCUCCUACUCAGCCUCCAGCUCUGCGUCUUUGUCGAUCCAAGUCGCUCCCUCUUCCAGCGUCACCGGCGUCUUCGCUGCUGCUGGCAGCAGCAAUAGCACCGUUAGCUAUGUUGCUACAGGUAACCAAACGACUAUCGCGGGCCACUGUAUGAGCAAAAGAUCGGGCAAUAGGCUGCAUCGGAUUCGGGACGGUAGGAGAAGGAGCAGAGUCCUCCGUCGGGCUGUUGGCGGGGCCAAGGUCUGACGACGAGCGUCUUUCUCGUAGCUUCAUGCCACUUGUGGCUCAGAGGCUUCUAAAUUUGUAAAUAAGAGCAUUCCAUGGCUGUGCCAGUGUUGCGUCUUGAAUCUGUGUCUAUUGCUGCUCCUUUGCGAUCCAUUUCUUGUGUGUACAGGUAGGCCUGGUGCCGCACGGUGAAAACAAACAUAUGCACGUCUAUACUACCCCACAACGUUGCAUCUCUGACGUGUGAAAGUAUUGGUUGGGCUUGCCCGAAAGCUGAGUAGACGCUACAUACAUAGG